CUUCGGAAGCAUCUGGCUGGUGAACCCGACGCAGACUCAGAGAGGGUGUCCUACUGGGCCUGUCAAUUUGUUGUUCUUGUUGCACGUGCCGAUGUCGACCUGUGCCUACAUUGGCGGCUCUAGAUCGUCGUGUUUACUAGCCAGCGAGUAGGAUACAGCCUCGCAGAUGAAGCGGAAGCCGGUUACACGGGACCAUUGAUCCACGUGUCAGCGGGCACGUGAUCUCCUUCCGGAUGAAGCGAGGCAGCUCGUCUGUCGUCUCACCCUCAACGACCUCAAGUACCCUCCCCGUCCGAAGUCCUAACCAGUAACUAAUUCUCAACAUCGCGGUGUGGAGGAGGAGAAGAUGGGUUGCCCCUCCUACCGGCUGGCGGCGGCGAUCACGCUCCCCUCGACCGGCGAGUUCCUCGUCGUCCGGCAGCCGGCCCCGCCGUCCCCACCGGCCCCGCCCGAGGAGGAGGAGUACCGGCAGUACGUCGACAGCGACCUCUACGACCUCCCGUCCGCGCUCCUCGGGCCCCUCGCAGGGGAGCUCCGGUCGGAGGUGGCCAUCCGCGGCGCGGACUCCGUCGCCGGCCGCCUCGACCUCUCGCGCCUCGACGUGUCCGCCGCGCUCGAUCAGAUUUUCAAUCAAUUUGGCUUGCCGGAUGGAAUGCGUGGGGAGUGGAGGCUCCUCAAGUAUGUGGAGGAAGCAGAAUUUGGCCCGGACGCUGGCGUUAACACGGUGUUCAUCAUUGGGUCACUGGAGUCAAAAUUGGAUGGUUUACAAGAUUCGUACAAAUGGAUGUCCAAGGAGUGUGCGUUGGGGUUGCUUUCUGAAGUGAAGCCCUGUAGUGAUCGCAUAGGGCCGUAUGCAUAUAUUGGACUUCUGAAGUCGGAGCUAUCAUCAAACCGCACAGCUGCCCCAGCAUUGCCCUCCCAGGAGUACCCACCUGGAAUAACACUUGUACCGAUGAAGAGUAAGACAUUACAGCCUUUCCAUACAACUAAUCUUGUGGUAGUACGAGCAACCAGUGGUGCUGGUGGAUCGACACGCUCUGAUUUUGUUACUUCUGGGGAUGCCCUGAUCAUAGAUCCUGGAUGCAGCUCUCAGGUUCAUGCAGAGCUUGCAGAUCUUGUCAAGUCCCUUCCAAAAAAGUUAUUAGUCCUUGUUACACAUCAUCACCAUGAUCACAUUGAGGGUCUUUCGGUCGUCCAGAGAUGCAAUACUGAUGCUGUUCUUUUGACACACCAAAACACUAUGAAUCGCAUAGGGAAAGGAAAUUGGUCGGUUGGCUACACAUUGGUAACUGGUGGUGAGACUAUAUGCAUUGGCAACCAAGAACUACAAGUUGUUUUUGCUCCUGGUCAUACAGAUGGUCAUAUGGGGCUCCUCCAUGUUAAUACCAAUGCACUAAUUGUUGGAGAUCACUGUGUAGGGCAUGGAAGUGCAACUUUAGACAGUAGGUCUGGUGGCAACAUGAAGGCCUACUUCGAAACCACAUACAAAUUCUUGGACUUGUCACCACAUGUGUUAAUUCCAAUGCAUGGAAGAAUCAACCUAUGGCCUAAGCAUAUGCUUUGUGGAUACCUCAGGAAUCGAAGGGCUAGAGAAGCCUCCAUUCUGCAAUCCAUAGAGAAUGGGGCCCAAACUCUGUUUGAAAUAGUUUCAAGGACUUAUAAUGAUGUAGACAGGAAGUUGUGGAUUCCUGCUUCUUUCAAUGUUCGCCUUCAUGUUGACCAUCUGAACUCCCAAAAUAAACUACCCAAGGACUUCUCACUAGAGAAGUUUAAGGCCAGCUGUGGAGCUCAUUUCAUGUUCCGUUGGGCAGUGUCGUAUGUGCAAACCAAGAGCUCUCCAGCUAUCCUUGCGGCAGGUGCCCUCGCUAGUGGUUUGGCAAUUGCUUAUGCUCUAAAAAAGAACAGUAGCAACUAGCCAUAGAAUUCUCUCGGCAAGACACUGAGCGCCGGGCAGUGGAGCAGCAGCAGGAGGUGCGGUGAUUGGAAGAAGGACGAAUGCCGGUGCGGAAGGAGAUGGGCAGCGGUUCUAGGAUCAUUGCCUUACUGAUACCAUGAAAGUAUGAAAAGAUUCACACAAUGAAUUUCCAUUAAUCAUACAUGAUGUACAUAAAUAGCCAACCGGCUAUGCAUGGUCAAUGCUACGGCUAAUGCUACAAUCAAGGCCAAUCAAAGCUAAUGAAAGCUAGUUAUGGCUAAUAAAGGAGAUAUUAUUCUACCAAUAAUACAAUG